UUAAAAUCUUUUAAAAAAAUGGGUAAGAGAAUCAGAGCACAAAGAAAGGGCAAAUCAAACAGUGUUUUCAAAGCACAUUAAAAUUAAAGAAUCGGAUCUCCUUAAUACAGACAUCUUGAUUAUGCUGAGAGACACGGCUAUGUCAGAGGUGUGAUUACUGCUAUUCGUCACGAUCCAGGACGAGGAGCUCCACUUGCUGAGGUUGAAUUCAAGGACCCAUACAAGUACACUAAAGUCACUAAGCUCUUCAUUGCUCCUGAAGGAUCAUACACUGGCUAAUACAUUUAUUGCGGAGCAAAAGGUAACAUUUAGUUUGUGAAUCUUAGCUUAAUUGGCUACAGGAAAUGUUCUCCCAAUUGGAUAAAUCCCAGAGGGUACAGUAGUUUGCAAUUUGGAGGAACACCCAGGAGAUAAGGGAGCUUUGGGAAGAGCCACUGGUUGUUACGCCACCAUUAUUGGUCAUUCAGAUGAUGGAACAACAACAAGAGUUAGAUUACCAUCUGGUACCAGAAAAACACUUAGUGCUCUUUGCAGAGCCACAGUUGGUAAUUUAAUUGAAUUUAUUUUAGGAUUGAUUGCUGGAGGAGGUAGAACUGAAAAGCCCAUCCUUAAGGCAGGAAGACAAUUCCACAAAUACAGAAGACUCAGAAAAUGCUGGCCAAAGGUUAGAGGUGUGGCCAUGAAUCCAGUUGAUCAUCCUCAUGGUGGUGGUAAUUAACAACAUAUUGGUCAUCCAUCCACACUUUCAAGAUAUGCUCCUCCUGGUCAAAAAGUCGGUCUUGUUGCUGCAAGAAGAUCAGGUCUACUCAGAGGUGGUGCUUAACUUAAACAAAUGGACGAAGAUUUGGCAGCACAAUAAGCAAAAAAAUGAUAUUGAUUAUCUAUAAUCGU